AUGGCGAGAGCAAAGCAGACGGCUCGUAAGUCCACUGGUGGCAAAGCCCCCAGGAAGCAGUUGGCCACAAAAGCAGCCCGUAAAAGCGUCCCGGCCACCAGCGGUGUGGACAAGCCUCACCGCUAUAGACCCGAGCUGCUGAUCCAUAAACUGCCCUUCCAGCGGCGGAUGAGAGAAAUAGCCCAGGACUUUAAGACCGAUCUGCACUUCCAGAGCUCCGCUGUCAUGGCUCUUCAGGAGGCCAGCGAGGCUUACUUGGUCGGUCUGUUCGAGGACACCAACCUGUGUGCCAUCCAUGCCAUGAGAGUCACCAUUAUGCCCAAGGAUACCCAGCUGGCCCGCCGCAUCCGCAGAGAGCAUGCUUAA